CUCCAAUUCUGGAAGGACCCAUUACACUAAACGGACGAACAGUUUACUUAAAGGGUUUUAAUUGAGUAACUGUUACUGUUAAUAAUAACUGUUAAUUUGUUUCUUUACUAUACGCUGUUGUUAAUUUGCGUACGUGGGCACUACUUUCAGAGAAUAAACGCCGCGGACUUAAGUAUGAGGGAUUUUUGUUGUGCUUCGGUCGUGAGAAAAAAAAACUAAGAUGGCGGCUCGUCAAGAAAGAUAGGAUGGCUUGAAGGGGGAGAUAAUGUAUAUCGGGAAAUGAUUGAUAACGACACAACGGUUGCGGUUUGAGACGCUCAUCAAGAUUAAACGGAUGCCCCGCGUCCACGUUUUUGAACAGAGUGGAAGUACAUGGAGAAUUGAGGCAGCAAAGCGGGUAACUUUGCUAGCAGCAGUAGCUCGCCAGCGGCACCAAGCACAGCUGGCCCUCGUUAGCUAACCACCACCAGUCAUCACAACAACAGAGGAAGGGGAGCAGCCAGCAGCCCUAUCAUAGCCCGGGACAUCGAGGUGUCUACGGGUCAGUCACUGGCACACGCCGAGACAAUGUAACAUGGCAAUGGAAGGGGAAGAGUUUAUACCUCCUCCGGAGUGUCCAGUUUUUGAGCCAUCAUGGGAGGAGUUCCAGGACCCUCUGGGUUACAUUGCCAAGAUACGUCCCAUUGCAGAGAAGUCUGGAAUCUGCAAGAUUCGACCUCCGCAAGACUGGCAACCACCAUUUUCAGUGGAGCUGGAUACCUUCCGCUUUACACCACGCAUCCAGAGGCUUAAUGAACUGGAGGCGCAGACAAGAGUGAAGCUUAAUUAUUUGGACCGCAUCGCCAGAUUUUGGGAGAUUCAGGCUUCCUCCCUGAAAAUCCCUCAUAUUGAAAGACGUAUUCUUGAUCUUUUUGGUUUGUCAAAGGUUGUGACCGAUGAAGGUGGUUUUGAGAUGGUUUGUAAAGAGCGGCGUUGGGCUCGUGUAGCUCAGAGGCUUGGCUACCCUCCAGGCAAGAACAUUGGUUCUCUUCUGCGCUCACACUACGAGAGGAUCGUCCACCCCUUUGAAAUGUUCCAGUCUGGUGCCAGCUUGCCGCAUUGCAAGCCAAAGCACUACGAUGGUGAAGAUGUGGAUAAGGAGUACAAGCCCCACUCCAUCCCACUGCGUCAAUCAGUCCAGCCAUCCAAAAUGAGCAGUUACGGGCGGCGAGCAAACCGCUGUCAGCCAGAAGGUCCAGAGGAUCCGAAUCCCCAUCCUCUCACCACUGGCUCUCAACUCAUCUCAGCGCCUGAACCUACCGAGGAAGACAUAGAGAAGAACCCAGAACUGAAAAAGCUUCAGAUCUACGGUGCAGGGCCCAAGAUGAUGGGACUUGGACUCGUGGCACGUGACAGAGGCAUUAGGAAGAAGGUAGAUGAACUGCCUCAAACUGUGACGAUCAAGGACAAUACAGCAUCUCCUCCCGCUGACACUUCUGUCAAAGAGCCUCUUGAGACACAACAAAGCGAGCACGAGAGCUCGUCUACUCCCCAUCUGCCUCCCUCCAGUAUCACAGUCAAGGCAGAGAUCAAAACAGAAGUUAAGGUAGAGGUUAUGGCUGAAGUGAAGAAAGAAGAAUCGGAGGAACGUCAGAAAGAAAUAAAUCAACAUAUUACAGAUGGUCCAUGCACCAAAAUGACCAUGAGGCUACGGCGCAAUCUCAACAACAUGCAGUGUGUGGAUUCCUUUGUGUGUCGGAUGUGUGGUCGUGGAGAUGAUGAUGAGAAACUCAUGCUAUGCGAUGGUUGUGAUGAUAACUACCACACAUUCUGCCUACUGCCUCCACUCACCGAUCCGCCAAAAGGCAACUGGCGAUGCCCAAAGUGUGUUGCAGAAGAGUGCAAAAAGCCUUCAGAAGCAUUUGGAUUUGAGCAAGCAACUCGAGAGUACAGUUUGCAGAGUUUUGGAGAGAUGGCUGAUGCAUUUAAAGCAGAUUACUUCAACAUGCCUGUCCAUAUGGUUCCCACAGAACUUGUGGAGAGGGAGUUCUGGAGGUUAGUCAGCAGCAUAGAGGAGGACGUGACUGUUGAGUACGGAGCAGACAUCCACUCGAAAGAGUUUGGCAGCGGCUUCCCAAUGAACACGGGCAAGAGGAGUCUGACAAAGGAGGAAGAGGACUACGCCUGCUGUGGUUGGAACUUGAACGUGAUGCCUGUGCUGGAACAGUCUCUCCUGUGCCACAUUAAUGGCGAUAUCUCCGGCAUGAAGGUGCCCUGGCUUUACGUCGGCAUGGUCUUCUCAGCUUUCUGCUGGCAUAUUGAGGAUCAUUGGAGCUACUCAAUCAACUACUUGCACUGGGGUGAGCCCAAGACCUGGUAUGGGGUUCCUUCUGUGGCCGCUGAGCGACUGGAGGAGGUGAUGAAGAAACUGACCCCAGAGUUGUUUGAGUUCCAGCCUGACCUCUUGCACCAGUUGGUCACCAUCAUGAACCCAAACAUUCUCAUGGCUCAUGGUGUACCGGUUGUACGCACCAACCAGUGUGCUGGUGAGUUUGUCAUCACCUUCCCUCGAGCCUACCACAGCGGCUUCAAUCAGGGAUAUAACUUUGCAGAAGCAGUAAACUUCUGUACUGCAGAUUGGUUGCCUGCUGGGCGUUCCUGCAUUGAGCAUUAUCGACGUUUGCGAAGGUAUUGUGUGUUUUCCCACGAAGAACUCACCUGUAAAAUGGCAGCCAGUCCAGAGAAACUGGACCUUAAUCUAGCUGCGGCAACACACCGGGAAAUGUUUAUUAUUGUCCAAGAGGAGAGAAAGCUCCGAAAAGCUCUCAUGGAAAGGGGCAUCACCGAAGCUGAGCGCGAGGCUUUUGAGCUGUUACCGGAUGAUGAGCGACAGUGUGACAAAUGCAAGACAACAUGUUUCCUGUCAGCACUGGCCUGCUCAAAUUGCCCCGAGUGUUUAGUGUGUCUGUAUCACACUCAGGACUUGUGCAACUGCCCCACUGACAAACUUUACCUCAGGUACAGAUAUACCUUGGAUGAGUUGUUGGCCAUGUUGCACCGAUUAAAGGUUCGCUCAGAGUCCUUUGAUUCAUGGGCCAACAGGGUAAAAGAGGCUCUUGAACAAGAGGAAGGAAACAAGAUAGGAAUUGAUUACUUGGAGAUGCUGAAAACCGAAGCAGCAGAAAGGAAGUUUCCUGAUAAUGAACUUCUAAGAAAACUCAACACUGUUCUCAAAGACAUCGAGCAAUGCCAACAGAAGAGCACGGAACUCCUCACUAACUCAAAUACCAGUGAAGCUAAAAUGACUUUGGCGGAGCUGAAAUCAUUGAUAGACACCAUGCAAAACCUGCCGUGUGUGAUGGGUCAGCUGGAGGAAGUGCAGGCGGUUUUGCAGACGGUGAGUGAUUACCAGAACCGAGCUCAGGAGCUGGUCAACGAGCGUGACUGGAGAAAGGCUUCUCCACCCACAGAGCAGUUACAGAUGUUACUGGAGCAGGGGAAUGAAAUGCCCGUGGUGGUGCCGGAGUGUAGUUUACUCCAGGGCCUCCAGGAGCAGGGACACUGGCUGGCAGAGGUCAGGCGCACCUUAGGCUCGGAGGGAGGCGAGAGACAGGAGGUAACAUUGGCGGUGUUGAGGAACCUGCUGGAAGCGGGCUGCAGCGUGCCUCAGAGCGCAUCUGUGGAGACGGCCAUGGCAGAGCUGCAGGAGCUGCUGACAAUUGCAGAACGUUGGGAGGAGAAAGCGCAGAUCUGUCUGGAACAAAGACAAAAACACCCUCUCUCAACCCUGGAGGCAAUUGUAAACGAAGCCCAGCUCAUUCCAGUCAAGCUGCCCAACAUCGAAACUUUACAGGGAUGUCUGAGCCGUGCACGCGCUUGGGUAACAGACCUGGAAGAAAUCCAGAAUGGGGAGCAUUACCCGUGUCUGGAUGACCUGGAGGGCUUGGUGGCCAUUGGAAGGGACCUGCCUGUCUUCAUGGAGGAGCUGCGACAACUGGAGCUGCAGGUGGCCACCGCUCACUCGUGGCGGGACAAGGCCACCAAGACCUUCCUGAAGAAGAGCAGUCAGCACAGUCUUCUUGAGGUGUUGUGUCCGUGUGCUAAAAGGAGACACGACGAGGCGGAGCCGUUGGACGACCCGUUAGACGACUGCGAUACCAACACCCUGGGCCUCUCUGCUCAGGACCUCCGGGACCCUGCGGCCAUUGCGAUGGCGUUCAAAGAAGGGGAGCACCGUGAGAAAGAGGUGCUACUGAGGUUGCAGAAAGUCAACAUGGGAAAGACCGGACUUGAUGCAGAGAGUCACAAGGACGGGAACGGGACCACGGAAACGGAUCCAUCCACCCAAUCUGAAAACUCUGUCAAAGAGAACGGCAACCACACUGGUAACGCCCCCGCACCGUCCAUUUGCGUGUGCGGCACUCCAUCGCGCACCCCUCAGUUGCGCUGCCAUCUUUGUAAGGACUGGUUCCACUGCGGCUGCGUCCCCUUCCCUUCUCUGCUGCCCGCGUCCGGACCGCCAAGUAACCUGCACUGCUGGUGGGAGUGGGACUCGCGAUUCUUGUGUCCGCGUUGUCAGCGGUCACGGCGCCCUCGCCUGGAGACCAUACUGGCUUUACUCGUAGCCUUGCAGAGACUGCCCGUGCGUCUGCCCGAAGGGGAGGCGCUGCAGUGUCUCACGGAGAGAGCCAUCACCUGGCAGGGCCGUGCCAAAGAGGCGCUGGAGAUCCCCGAGCUGCGCCAAGCCCUUCAGACGCUGCAAGAACUCAAAGAGACUCCUCGUUGUGAGGAGGAUAUGCAAAAGGAGGCGGAGGCCAGCUCCGUCAUUGUUUUGUCGGACUCGGAAGGAGGAGAAGGUGAGGACGGUAUCAUUGAUCUCACCGAAGAUUCGCCUAAAAAGAAAACCAAGGAGACCAACGGCACGCAGGCUGCUUGCGAGAACGGCAUCAGCAAAGACCGCAGUGCCGCUGGUGUGGGCGCUCUCCUACCCCUGCUGUCUCAGCUCAAAGGUCAGGUGGUGCAGCUCUCCUCGGCCACAAAGGAGCGACUGGAGCAGCUGCAGCUGGAAGGCGACCUUCUCGAAGUCUCCCUGGACCAGAUGCACAUCAUCGGCAGAGUCCUGCAAGCUGCCUCCGAUCCACCUAUUGAAACACUGCACACGCUCAUCCAGAUUGAACUUGAAGAACAGAGGCGAAGCAGCCGAGGACGUGCUAAAGACUCCAAGAGGAAAAGAAAGAGCCACCGAGGAGGAAGCGGGGAGGGGACCGGGGUGGGGCCACUGGACGAAUCCGACCCCAAGAAAUCCUGCCCCCUAAGCCUCGGCCCCUCACCUCACCUACCUGCCCAGGUACAUACAGAGAGUCUGUGAUGGUGGAUGCUGGAUCUGAGAGGGCAGAGAUUCACUGCCAGGAAAAAAAAAAAAAACCCUUCACAGGACAUCCCGGUCCUGUCCUCAGUGCCCACCUAAUCCCUCAUUAAAUCAGACGUCUUAGAGCCAAGACUCUUCUACACUCCAGUUUCACUCAAACGCAUCACAUCAAAGCCCUGAUUUCUUUGUCAACCCUGACAAAAUUCCACUCCACUUUUUCCCCCCGGGGCCCCCACUCACCUGUCAUCUAAUUAAGGCUGUUGGAUCAUGUGGGACUUCUGUGAUAGCCGUGUAUUUGGUCUAGAAUUGUCCCCGAGGUAAGUCGGUAUGCUUUGUGACCCCCCCCCCCCCCC